AAAUGUCUACAAAAAAAAAGGUUUAAAAAAGAAUUCAAACUGAAUAUCAGUUCACUUGCAAUGCUUCCACGAUUUCGACGCGUAAUAAUUUUUCCUUUCAUAUUUUUUCUAUUUUUGACAUUCUGUGGCGUUCGAAUCAGCAAUGAUUUUAAACCCCAUUAUGGGGAACCUCGUAGAUAUGCUGAAUUGAAAAAUUAUGAACUAAAAGAUUGGCAUGAUUACGAGUUCAAGAGACAUGAAGCCACACGAGUAGGAGAAGGUGAGAAUGGAACUGCAGUUCACCUCACAGAUCCUAAAGAGAUCGAAGCCAAUAAUGAAAUGUUUGAAAUUGAAGGAUUGAAUGUCAUCGUCAGUGAUAAAAUAUCCGUCAAUCGUUCACUUCCUGAUGUUCGUCAUGAAAAAUGUCGAACUGCACUUUACUUAAAGAACUUGCCAAAAGUAUCAAUCGUUGUUAUAUUUCACAACGAAUAUCCAAGUAUCGUUAAACGAACAUUGCACUCAAUUCACAGACGAACACCGGCUGAACUUUUAUGGGAAAUUAUUCUUGUUAACGAUGCCAGUACGAAAGAUGAACUUUACGAGCCAUUGCAGUCAUACGUGAGAAAUCAUUUUGAUGGAAAAGUAAAGAUUUUGAAUCUUAAGGAAAGAGUUGGAUUGAUUGUAGCACGAAUGGAAGGUGCAAAACUUGCAACUGCGGAUGUUCUCGUCUUCUUUGAUUCUCAUGUUGAAGUGAAUGUGAAUUGGUUGCCUCCAUUAAUCGAACCCAUUGCUAUUAAUCCACGAGCAUGUACAACGCCAAUUAUUGACCGAUUCAAUGCAAUAACUUUUGAACAUGAAGUUUAUGAUGACUUUGGAGUUCGUGGAUUGAUUGCAUGGGAUUUUGAUUAUCGUACAACGUAUCAAAGUAGAUUUCAACCAACGAAACCAAAACCAACGCCAAUCAUGCUUGGAUGCGCUUUUGCAAUUAAUCGACAAUAUUUUUGGGAUCUUGGAGCUUACGAUGAUCAAUUGUUGAUUUGGAAUGCAGAAAAUUAUGAAUUAAGUUUUAAAUUAUGGCUUUGUGGUGGUGAACUUUUAGAAUGUCCAUGUUCAAGAGUCGCACAUGUCUUCAGAUAUCACAACAUAUAUCGAGAACUUGAAGGAGUUGACUUUGUUGCAAGAAACUUUAAAAGAAUUGCUGAAGUUUGGAUGGACGAUUGGAAACAGUAUCUUUAUAAAACAGACGAAGAUCGAUUUAAUAAGGUCGACCCGGGAGACCUAACGAAGCAAAAAAUGAUCAGAGAAAAUUUAAAUUGCAAACCUUUUGAUUAUUUCAUGCAUCAAAUCGCACCUGAAAUUCUAAAAUUAACUCCAAUUCCCAGGCCUGAAGAUGUCGGUUUUGGUGUCUUGAGAGCGUUCGUGAAAUCAAAAAGUUAUUGCAUUUCUGAUUUCAAUUUUCGAAACAGUGAGUGCAAUAUUGGAGAGAAAUGUGAUAAAUCAUUAAUCGCACCACACACUUCACAAUAUUUCCAUGUCAAUCGUCAGGGCAUCGUGGAGCAUGAAAGAACUAAAACAUGUUUUGAUAAGCGAAGUUUCACUCAUCUUAGUGACUACAAAUUCCAGACAAACUCAUGGAAAUAUGAUUUUGAGAAUCAACGAGUUGUACAUAGUAAUGGGAUGUAUUGCAUCUCAAUAAAUGUAGACGUGAUGAAUAUUAAUUUAAUUGAAUGCAAUGCAAAUGAUGAAACACAGAGAUGGAUGUUGGGAUAUGUGAAUAAGACAAUUUUGGGAGAAGAUAGAAAUACUGUCAAAGGGUAAAACCUACCAAUGUAAAUAUAAAUUAAAUAUGUAAAUGAAAGUUCUAAUUGGGUCGGAAAGAAAUUAAAUUUUCAUUAA